AUCCCAGCCUUCUACGGCGACGUAAAGGACGUGGCGUUGAUCCACGUAGCAGCCGCCCUGGACCCUGAGGUCAAGAACGCGCGCCUCCAGUCCUGGGGGCAUAGCUCUCACUGGAACGAGAUACUCGCUAUUCUGCGCAGGCUUCGGCCGCAGAAAGAGUUUGUCGACGACUACCCCGACACGCAUCAUCUAAAGCUAUCGGUCGAUCAAUCAGAAUCUGUCGCGCUUCUGAACAAGUGGUCAACCGAACGGGCCAGGAAUGGAUGGACGUCAUUGGAGGACAGCAUAGCUGAAAACAUCACAAAUCCGUACCUUGAGGGCUGA